AUUUGACGACAGUAAACUGUGAUUAAAAUUUGGUACUAUUUAUGGGGAGCCCGAAGUUUUUUAAAUGCGUACCAGUAAUUCACGUUAACAAUCGGGAGGGAUAUCAGAAAUUAAGAAGGCCUACACAUGGAGGGAAAUAGCAGAGAGUUUGUGCUUGGUGAGGGCGAAGACACGAUGGUUGAGAAUGGAGGGCAUCUUACCCAAGUUGUGGACGGACUUACCUUCCAAGAUGACAAACACAGCCAGCGCACCCUCCAGGCUUUGCACAUGAUGCGAAAGAAUCGACACUUCUGUGAUGUUGUCCUGCAUGUUGGGAGUGCAGAGUUCCAUGCUCAUAGGGCAGUGUUGGGUACAGUUAGCUCCCAUUUAUUUGAGAUGUUCACUGCUGAUGAUGAGACGAAGGGCAGUCAACGUGAGAAUGUAGUCACAUACAAGCUUAAUGGAGGAUUUGAGAAGAGUGCUAUUGAGAAAUUGAUAGAUUAUGCUUAUACUUCAAGACUGGAAGUGAGCAACCACCAGGUGAAAGCUGUUUAUCUUGCUGCAUCGUACCUGAAAAUGGAUCGUGUGGUGCGUGAAUGUGCACGACACCUCAUCAAGAACUUGUCUGUUGACAACUGCAUUGAAACAAGAUCACUUCCUGGCAUAGCCAGGAAUAAGAGUCUCAUUGAGCAAGUGGACAACUUCAUAAACAGAGAAUUCACUCAAGUUUCACAGUCAAACAUUUUGCUGUCAUUACCAUGUGUGAGAGUAGAAGUUCUGAACCAGACAAGACAAGAAAUGUCUCUUGUUGCUUGUGAGUCAGCUUGCAAAUUAGCAUUGGAGUGGGUCCGACGACAGAUUGAAGGCGAUGCUAUUCUAAUUGAGCAACUUACAGAGAAAACACAUCUCCUGUACCUGGCAUUGGACAAUUCCUUACAGGAUUGCUCUGAGUUGCCGACUGGUGAUGUGGGUGACACUGAAAUAGUACAAGACUAUAAGAAAAUGUCUAAGAAGAGUCAGGCAAAUCCCAAGGGUCGACGAAAGGCUCAGCUGCAGCCAGCCAAACCACGUGUUCUCCUGUAUUCUCGUGACAUAGGUGAGAGAAUUGAACAACAAACUGAAGAAGACUGGAACCUUAUUGCUUCUACCAAAGUUGCAGAACACUCAUUCCUGGCACUUGUGACACUGAAUGGACAGCUGGCGACAAUGUCUAUUGCACUACGUCUUAAUCAACCCUCCAGCCCAUCUCCCGUGAACACUCCAGUGCCAAGUAGACCCUCCAGUGAGGAGAAGCCUGAUUUGUAUUGUGUAAUGGCCAAUAUGAGUUCAGUGAAGUGUGCUGUUGGCUGUGCAAAUCUUGACAACAAGCUACUUGUUUGUGGUGGAUAUGAUCGUGCAGAGUGUUUGAAAUGUGUUGAGUCCUAUGAUCCAAGCACCAAUCUGUGGAUUACCUUGGCUCCUAUGAAGGAAGCAAGAGGCCGCUUUGGUAUUGCUGUUGUUAAUGGCAAAGCCUUUGCUGUUGGUGGAAGCAAUGGUUCAACUGAACUUGCAACAGUUGAGGUGUACAAUGCAGAACACCACAAGUGGUCCCAAGUUACUUCACUCCCACUAGCACGCUGCAAUACAGGCGUUUGCAGCUUAGGUAACAAGAUUUAUUGCGUGGGUGGUUGGAGUGGACAAGUGGGGAUUCGACAGUGUGACGUCUAUGACCCAGAGAACAAUACUUGGACAAGUAUUGCACCUAUGCAGACAGGUCGGAAUCAGGCUGGUGUCUGCUCGAUGAAUGGGCUGGUGUUUGCAGCUGGAGGUUGUGAUUCCUGGAAUUGCCUCAAUACAGUAGAAGUUUAUGAUCCACAAACAAACUGUUGGCAGUUCACUACAAACAUGAUUACUGCUCGGCGUGGAUGUGGGCUCACUGUUUUCAAAGGCAAACUGUAUGCUGUUGGUGGGUCAGAUGGAACUCAUUCACUAUCUUCAACAGAAAUUUAUGACCCUGUAGAAAAGACAUGGACCCCAGGACCUAGCAUGACAACUCCACGUGCAAAUGUUGGAGUUGCUGUCAUUGGUGACAGAUUGUAUGCUGUUGGUGGAUUUUCUGGGAAGACAUUCCUAAACAGCAUUGAAUACCUGGAUGCUACAACUGAUGAAUGGACAACAUUUGUGCCGAAGGUACUUCCUGUGGAAGAGACGAUCCUCCAGGAUCAUGAGGAGCAUCUGACACAGAAUGGAGUAAACUGUGAUAAAAGCAAUCAGCAGUCUUUGGACAAUGACAGUGAAAAUGAGAAAGUACAAGACGAUUUAAAGAAUAAAUCUGAAAUCAUCCAAAAUGGUGUUAAAGAAAGCUUGAGCCAAGGGUCAGUUACAGCAGUAGGAAGUUAAGGAAGUUGACUCUCUGAAGCAGCUCUGUACUGAAAUGAGUCAUAAGUAUUAGUCUUAUUUAAUGACAGUAAAUUGUUUUGAUUCUUUGAGUGGCAAGUUUUGACCAUGGAAUUCCAUGUUACAGAGCAUGUGCUUCAGAAGUGAAGUUACCUUAAGCUGUGACUGAAAUGUGAAGAACAAUGGAAAAUUUUUGAAGACACUGGCAUUUCUUUCUUAUUUAUGCCUGGUGAUAUGAUCUCUGAGGUUUUAUUCCCCUUGCCAUUACAAAUUAGUUCAGACUGUGAUGUGAAAUUGCAUUUAAAAAGGAAGUUAAUUUUUUGAUUUGGGACUUUCUGAAAUUAAUCUGUUGUAUGGUGCCACCUACAUUUUCAGACUCAAAAUUCUACCUCUGGCACCAGAAAUACAGGAAGUUUCCUACAACUAAAAAGACUACCUCUGGCACCAGAAAUACAGGAAGUUUCCUACAACUAAAAAGACUACAGUAAAAAAAUCUGUUAUUUUAUGUUACUUCAUAUCCUUUGAGAUGAAAUAGGCUUGAGACAGAACUGAUAGACAUAGAGAGAGAGAGAGAGAGAGAGAGAGAGAGAGAGAGAGAGAGAGAGAGAGAGGGGGGGGGGGGUUGAUUAUGUGAUGAUAUAAAUCAUAUGUGGUAGGCAGUAUGAGUGGAACUCUGAGGGGGGGAAAUAAGAUUUGUAUGACAUAUUCAUAUGUUACACAACUGUUGCAUUUCAUAUUACUUACCUUAAUUUUAGUAGACAACUCUCAUAACAAAAAUUCUAUUGUGAUAGACAUGUAGAUUCAUAAAUGUUAAUAUUGUAUCUCAUGUUCUUGCCUGCUAGCGCUGUUUUUAUAUAAAAAGGAAAAAGUGUUUAAUCAUUACCUAAUUUUGAAACAAUGUUCAAAAAUGCAAAGCCCUGUCCUUAACAUACAGAAACAUAGUAUUACUCAUUUAUUUGAAAAGGUCAUGUGAAAGAUCUUAGUAGUUUAAAAUGAGCCUUCAACUUUAUUUGUAUCUUACGUAUGCAGAUGGAUUGAAACUCCAAAAAUUUUAAUUGUUUCAUAAUAUAUUCGUAGGAAAUAAUGAAAAGCUGUUUCUCACUAAUGACACGUAGUACAAACAAAAAAUCUGCAAGAAGUGUGAAGCAGAGUAAUAACUGAGUGUUGAUCAAUCAUUAUUUUUACCUAUGAAUGUAAUUUCUUUUAUUUUUAAAUAUUCUUGUUCCAUGGUGGGGUGUGGAAUAGACCAGACUAAAACUGUUCAGUUAUUCACAUCUGUUACAAUUACUUUUGUCAAUUGUAUGUACGAGAUGGAAUAACCAAAAUCUUGUGCUUUGAGCAUCACUGUUACAAACCAGUGUGAAAAAUAAGAAUGGUUUUCUAAUUGUGUAAAAGAUGGGGUUAAUUCUUAAAGAUCUAUUUUAUAUAAAUUUCCUUAAACUGUUCAGAUGUAAAUUGACCAAGCAUCCUGUGUUUUUUGUUGAAUGGGUUCUUAUGGGGGCAAAAAGUGACUGAAAGAAACUUAAUUUUAUCAUUAAAUGAUCAUGCCAAUUUCAUAAUAAAUGAACUUUUAUAACAAAAAUCUAUAAUGGUUGAAAGAUGUGAAAACCUUUGAUAUCUGAAAACAAUUUAUUUUUGUAAUUGUUUACAUGUUCAUUAUCACACCUCAAUCAGGAAUCUCAUGCAUAUGUAACUACAUAUACACCACAAAUUUGGAAGACAAUCUUCCUACCAGAUAUUUAUGUAUCAUGAAUACUGAAAUAAAUCUCCACAGAAUCAACUUAAGAGUGUUGGAA